GGCUGCCCGCGGAGGUGAGGCUCGGCUCGCGUGGUCUCGGGUCUUCACGCCGGCCCUGUCUGCCUUUGUCCCAGCCGCCGCGCGCGCGUCUCCGCUGGGCUUGGCCUGCGUCGUAACUGGGAGCCGGUGGGGCUCACUAGGAAGACUUUGGGCCUUUCCCCGGCCUAGGGUGAUCUUAACUGCAGCCAUGCGUCUAUCUGCACUGCUGGCCUUGGCGGCCAAGGUCACUCUGCCCCCCAACUACCGCUAUGGGAUGAGCCGCCCAGGCUCCCUGGCAGACAAGAGGAGGAACCCUCCAGGGACCAGGCGGCGCCGAGUGGCUGUAGAACCCAUCUCUGACGAAGACUGGCAUCUGUUCUGUGGGGACAGGGUGGAGAUUCUGGAAGGCAAGGACGCGGGAAAGCAAGGCAAAGUGGUUCAGGUCAUCCGGCAGCGCAACUGGGUGGUUGUGGAGGGGCUUAACACGCACUACCGCUACGUUGGCAAGGCCCCAGGCACGCGGGGAAUCAUGGUACCGAGUGAAGCACCCUUGCUCCAUCGCCAGGUCAAACUCGUGGAUCCAGUGGACAGGAAACCCACUGAGGUGCAGUGGAAGUUCACCGAGGCAGGCGAGCGGGUCCGCGUCUCUGCCAGAUCAGGCAGGAUUAUCCCCAAACCUGAAUUUCCCAGAAGUGAUGGCAUUGUUCCCGAAACAUGGACAGAUGGCCCCAAAGACACCUCGGUAGAAGAUGCCCUAGAAAAAACCUACGUGCCCAGUCUAAAGACAUUGGAGGAAGAGGUGAUGGAGGCCAUGGGCAUCCAGGAGCCCCGGAGACACAGGAAAGUCUAUUGGUAUUGAGCCUGGGAGAAGGGCAUCUCUGCAGCCUCCUCUCCUGCAGAUGUCAAUAAAGAGCCAAACAUCCUUCUCUACA